CUAAGUUUUGGAAAGUUUGUCGAAGUUAUGCCGCAAAGCUACAUUUAGUUUUCUUUGGCUGAACGUAAAUUAAUAUGUCGCUUAUCGUACCGUCUGAAAUAGUAGUAUAUAUGUAAGAUUUUUUCCUGAGUUUCAGGAGCACUGCUAUACUUGACGUACCUUAGGGAAAAACUGUGGAAAUGUUUUCUUUGCGAAUUUUAACAAUGGCAUCAUCGACAAACAAUGCAACCAGUUAGCUAGCGGCUCUCCCCGGAGAGAGUAUGUUAGCGCAGUAACUUGAAACGAAUGCUUCUGGUACACUUAAUCGCGGAGAGGGUAACGAUAUGGUCAUUCUUGCUGAAUGUCCAUGUGUCAUGUUUGUGUCCACCUCCUUUCCGUUGCUCUGAAGAUGCGAUGGGGCGUGAAGCUCGACGUGCCGGUGUUGGACAUAACGGUACCGGUCAGGAUGUGCAACGGUUCACUACAACACCCACAACCUCUAUGACGAAGAAACAAACGUUUCAAAGCCUCUCCAGUAUCCAUGUAGUUCAGCAUGACCCUGGUGGGAAAUCAGCUGGGCAGACACUCCUCCAGAUGGAUGGUACAAUGGAAAUACUUGAGCCCAUGGUCUUUUCCUCUGAAGAGCCCAUUCCUUCAUCAGCACCUGCUGGCCCAUGGGGACACUCAUUUUACACUUCACUCGCAAACGUGUUACACCUCCGAGACCGCAGAAGCUCACUCACCAGAUACAACCCGGGCCACACUCUGCUUCAGGUACAUAGUGCUGCACCUCCAUCUGCAUUUGGGGUCAGAUUUCACAAGUGUGCACAGGUGAAGCUUGACACUGACCCCCCUCAGUUAAUAUUCUUCCUGCUGAUUCAUAACACGGGGCCAUUGGGUGGCACCAACUUAUCUCAAGUGGCUGUUCGGGACUCCAUCUCUGGAAUAAUCCCCCUAAAGACUGAAGGGAGAGUAGUGGAAAGAGGCUACCAGUCAUUUGCCAUUGAUUCUCUAUCUGCUGGAUCUCAAGUUGUCGUCAAUUAUACUGCUCACAUAAGGAGUCAUAAGAGUGAAGUCCUUGACCUUCCAGCAUUUCUCACCUUCUCUAAUGCCUCACAGAAUGAUGUCAGUAUGUUUGGUCCCUUAACAGCUAAUUUGACUUUAAGAGUGAAUUCCACUGACAGAAUUUAUCCCAACCAUGGUGUCCAUUUUGCUGGAUUUGUUGGAGGGUUUGUUGUAGCAUUGGUACUGCUGUUAUUGUGUUUUCUUGCCAUGAACCUGAUAGGCCCCAGAACCAGACUGAGGCUUCUGCAGCAAAGGAGAAACAGAGGUGAUUCAGACCCAGACGAUGCUGACUGCAACAUAAGUGAGACAGUCAAAGAUGAGGCCACUUUUGAAGACAAGGUGGUGGACAUCAUGGUGUUGGAGGAUCCACAGAACAUGUACCAGGCUUUGGAGAACCUUGAAAUGUCUACACUGCUGCAUGCCACCAAUAACCUGGAGGCUACUCGGAUUCAGAUCUAUAAGGACGUGAUGUCCUCUCUGCUGGGCAGUUUGCCCUGUCGAGGUCAGGCCAGUGUCCAAGCCCAGCAGAGACUCCUCAGUGUUCUCCACGGACAGCUACUGGGCAUGGAGGGUCGGCUGAAGGAGGAGCGAGGCGCCCGCAUGGCUGCCUUGGCUGGACAGUGUAAUCUGGAGACUCGAGAAGAAAUGGAGGCAGAGCAUCACAGGGAAUCUGCAGAGAAAGCUCAGGCUGAGCUGCUGUGUCAACAUGCAGACCAACAGGAGCUACUUCAGUGCAGUGUCCACCUGGAGAAGCUGCACAAACUGAGCCAGAGUUGGCUUCAGCGUAUGCUGUUAGUCCGACAUGAAGAAGCCUCGGCGAAAGUCCAGAGGCAGAUCAUCGAGUGGCGUCGUGUUGAACUUCACAAGAUUUUCUCUGAGGAACUAGAGGAGGCCACAAGAAUGGGAGAGCUCGAAAAGGGCACAGCCAAGAGCCUUCAGCAUGAUUACUUUGCAUGUCAAGAUCAACUUGAGGAGGUGCUGGAUGUGGUCCUUGCAAACCAACGCUAUGUGCUAUCUGAGCGACAUGCACAGAGGAAAUUCCUCAUUCACAGCCUUCACAGCCUCAACAGUCUGAUUACAGAUACGUUCUCCAGCACUUCCAGCAAUUUGGACAACUGGUUUACUCACAUUAGGAGAGGGAGCACCGUACCUGCAGAGCAGAUAGAUCAACUGCAUGAGAAAGCUCAGAAAGAGCUGGUGAUGGUGAGGCAGAGACUGGAUGAGGCACUAAGUCAAGAGAAGAGAACCAUGCGCUGUGGCCUGAUUAAGAAGAGAAGGGAGCUCAUCUCUGACAUGCUCAGGGUCCAUAAGCAGAGAGAGAAGGAUUUGUCAGCCAUGUCUAAAGGUCUGGAGGCAAGUAUCGGGGUAGUCCAGCACCUCCACUGUUGGCAAAACUUACUGACAGCUCACAACCUAGAGCUCGCUGAACUCAUCAACAACCUGGAUGAAGAGGCUGCAGCUGACAUCCGAAAGGUGACCAUGCGUGUGAUCCAGGGCACUAUAGCAGAGGUCAAAGCCAUCCAACCGUCUGCAACACAGACCCUGCUAACACUUUUACCUCCAGAAGAGCAACGCUCCCUACUGCAGGUAGAACCGGAGGCAGCACUAGGACAAGGCCAGGGACAAGGAGCAAAUGGUCUCCUGCAGGGUCAGGAGAAACUGCACCAGGAAGGCAAGACAGCUUUACGCACCCUCAGGUGCACAAGGGAGACUCUGCAGAAAGCCAUGGAGAAUGAGCUGCAGGAGCAAAGGGAGCUCAGGACUCAGUGCAGAGCCUUCUUUAGGUGUUUAUGCUCAUCCCAGCUCACGCUAUCUGAAGAUGACAGGCUGAAGAUGAAACUGGAGUUCCAGAAGUGUCUGUCUGUGAAGGACCGUUGUCUGGUACUCCCCCAUGCUGUGUCUAGAGCCAAACUCCACUCUGCCCUGGCAGCUUUGAGAAAGGACAGAGAGCAACAGAUGACAAAUCUACAACCCAAGGGGAAAACCAGCGAGGCCAAACAGAAAACAGACUCAUCUGAGCUACUCCUUUUCCAGAAAAGACUCGAGGACAGGAUCCAGCUGUUUGAGAACGAGAAGGAGAUGGAGACUGGUGUCAUGAACAAGGUUUUGGAGGAGAUGCAGAAGGAAAGAGAGGAUGAGCUGCGUUCCCAGGCAGAUUGCUUGGCUGUGCAGAUGGCUGCCAUCCACUACCAGAAGGCUGAGAGGACAACCAAAGUCUUAGAGACCUCAAGAGCAAUGCUUACCCUGCACAGCCUGCUCAUUCAGCAGCUCAGACUCAAAAAGAGCACGGAGAAACAAGACAUUGCUGACAGUAUACAAAGCCACAGCUUGGGCCUAGAAGAAGCAGAGCAGCAGCUUCAGAAGGAGAAGACACAGUUAGACAGCCUGGAUAUAACUCAGCAUGGGCCUGAUCCAAAUCAAGCACAGCAGCAGGACUCUACUGAGGGAGAGGAGGAGAGGCUAUUUGAGCUGCAACAGGAUUGCAGGAUGGUGGCUGUCCUCCAGGAGGCACUCCACAAGUGUGAUCAGGUCAUCUCGCUGUUGGCUGAGAGGUCACAAGAUAUCACUGCCAAGAAUCAAGCUAUGGAAGAUUUAAAAGAACAAAUGGAGCUUAAGAGACUUUAUGCGAACUGUGACCAGGACCUGGACUUUGCGUCUCGAUUGGUGAAACAGAGUCAGGUGUCAGCUGAAGUUCUCCUCGAGGUCCUGCGGCUCCUCCUGCCCACCCUGCCUGAAAGUGAACUUCUCUCCAUUACCGAUGUCCUCUGCCCCAAACAGACCCUUGUUUCAUCUGCAGAGCAGGAGCAUUCUGGGUGGCCUGGGACACUGGGUCGUCUUGUAACUGUCAAACUGAGGGAAGACAUUUUACAUAAAAAUAUGCUGAAUAUACCCAGUUACAGCGUGCAAAAGGAGAGACUCCAGGAAAAGAGGCAAAGUCUGAUGGAAAAACUGCUUCCCAGUCACCAUCUCCGGGUUCCAAGAGAUGUUACACUGCUGCUGGUUGAGGAGAAAGGAAAGGACAGUUUUCCUACUUCACAUCAGCCUGUUUUUAAACCCAACAUGAGUGAAAACUCAGCUACACAGCAGUAUAAUGACGCUACAAAACAGAAGGUAGUAGAUACAGUCAAUCCAGCAAUACACAGCUCAGCAGAGGAAUACAUCCCAGCCUCUGUCGGCACUGUGCUGGACAGCCCUGCCACUGGGGAAAGGUUGUUUGUGUUUCGGGAUUCACCUGAAACAUGUGACCAUAUGGACGUCCCAAAGAGAAAAUUCAAAAGGAAUUUCCUUAAUUUGAAGAAAGGCUCAGUGGCUCCUUCAAACCUACCUUGAAAUGAGGAGCAUUGUCUUCUGUCUUUAUUAUUUGAGGAUGUGAUAAUAAAGCACCAGAAAAAAUAAACCAGUAGUUUUGAUAUGUAGCACAUUUUCUGUUCUUUUGACAUUUUAUGUAUCAUCUGGCUUUGGUCCUAAGUAAAGGCAGCUGACUUGAA